AUGCGGAAGCCAGCAUCGUUUGGUGCGUUGGCGCCCCUGUUUGCCUUUGUGCUCUGUUGCUCAGCACGGGUGCAUGCUCACCACGCUGAUCAACCACAACAUGUCCUUGGCACAUUCUUCGACAGUGAUCACCUUGGUUCGCAGAACAGGAUUGUCGAUAUAUUGCAGAUCCCAGAUCAAAGGCCUGAACCGAGUGAGAGAGGCAGUUGGCUGGGCUGGGGGGGAGGAGUUUACAACAACCGGUGGGCGGCGUCCGAUGCGAUCGUAGACUCGACCAAUACCGGUUCCUUGAAGCUUCACUGUCAAAAGAAGUACGAUCCUGGCACGAGCGCGUCACCCCUGGUUGCAGAUGGAGUGGCGUACUUUCCGACGUGGAGCGGCCUGCUCGUUGCUCUCGACUAUGAGAACUGCAAGGAGAUUUGGACGCGCAACAUUACCGAGAUCAUCUACAAAUACAAGCCUCUCACUCCUCUGCAAGCUCAAGCCAUAGCUGCAGUCUCACGCACAACACCAGUGCUUGAGGGAGACACGCUCUUCGUUGGCACGCUUGCCCACGCUCUCAUUCUCGCUAUCAAGGUCAAGGAUGGGACACUGGUCGACACUCUCCAGAUUUCAAACCACCCCUUCGCCAUCUUGACACAGUCCCCCCUCUUCUAUGACAACAAGCUGUUCGUUGGCGUCUCCAGCAUGGAGUCUGCCCUGCCCGCCUUCAUAGAAGGCUACGUCUUCAGCUCCUCCGGGAGUAUGAACGCCGUCGGCCUGAAGCACGGGCGCCUGACCCUCCUGUGGACCACGCCGACUAUACCACCAGAGCUCCGGCGCAAGAACCUCACCGGCGCUGCCAUCUGGGGGUCGCAGCCGUCUGUCGACCCGAUCCGCCGCCAGGUCUUUGUCGGCUCGGGCAACCUCUACGACGUGCCGGAGGAGCUCGAGGCCUGCCAGAACGCGACGCAGGGGCUGGCUGUUGUGCGCGAUAGUCUGACCGCCGACCCGUGCAAGCCGCGCCACGUCCACUUCGACUCGGUCCUCGCGCUCGACAUUGACACGGGCCAUAUCAACUGGGCGCACGUCUUCAGCGCGCUGGACGCCUGGAACGCGGCGUGCGUCGACGGUCUGCUGGGUCCGCCAGUGCCCGGCGCCGCGGAGGCGUGUCCCGAGCACCCCGGCCCGGACGCCGACUUUGGCAUGGCGCCCGCAUUUGUUCUGGGGUCGGCCAACACGCCCGAGGGAAUCGACGUGGUGGUCGUGGGGCAGAAGAGUGGGAACUUGUACGCUCUGUCUGCCCAAGCCGGCAAGACAAUGUGGGCUGAUAAGCCCGCGCCAGGUGGCCUCGAGGGUGGGCUCACUUGGGGCAUUGCCGUUGACGACGAGGCGGUUUACUACGUCGCAGCCAACAGUCUGCGUGUCAACUACACGCUACCCCUGUCUGGCGGCACUGUGAUCUCUAAUAGUGCCUACGGCGCCGCGAGCCUCAAGACGGGAGAGAUCCUGUGGCAGGUGCCCGCGCCGGGCAACAUGACUAGUUUCGUUGCGCCGGCUGUCGCCAACGACGUGGUGCUGGUGGGAUCGACCGGGUCGUAUGAUCCGGCUUCGCUUUUUCCGCUGGGCGCCGGGAAGUUCCAUGUGCUGGACAAGAAGACAGGUCAGAUCCUGAAGGACUCGUGGCUGGAUGCGACGUUCCAUGGAGCCCCGGCUGCUGCUCACGAGUUUGUCUUCCUGGGGACCGGAUACGGAGGCGUCCAUCCCCGAGAGGCCGGGUCAUUCCAAGCAUGGAAGAUCCAGCAGAAUGCUUUGCAGGCCGGACGAGAAGAAACUUUGGAACUGUAG